UGCGCCUCCCAUCUCCACAAACCCUCCGCCGCGUACUCCGCUGUGUUGAUGCCGUCUAUCCCGUCCUCGCCUGCCGAAGAUAAAACAUCCAGACCGACUUUUUGAGGGCGAAGCUGCUCCGAACAUGGCUUACACGACAGCGGGUGGGACCAAGAAGAAGGUCUGCUACUACUACGACGGAGAUGUCGGAAAUUACUACUAUGGACAAGGGCAUCCGAUGAAACCUCACCGCAUCCGGAUGACUCACAACCUGCUUCUCAACUAUGGACUGUACAGGAAAAUGGAGAUCUAUAGACCACACAAAGCCACUGCAGAGGAGAUGACAAAAUACCACAGCGACGACUACAUCAAGUUCCUCAGAUCCAUACGACCAGACAACAUGUCCGAGUUCAGCAAGCAGAUGCAGCGGUUCAACGUUGGGGAGGACUGUCCUGUGUUUGAUGGCUUGUUUGAGUUCUGCCAACUGUCCGCUGGAGGCUCUGCUGCUGGUUCUGUGAAACUCAACCGACAGCAGACUGACAUCGCAGUGAACUGGGCAGGAGGACUCCACCACGCAAAGAAGUCUGAAGCCUCUGGGUUUUGUUACGUCAACGACAUUGUGCUGGCCAUCCUGGAGCUACUCAAGUACCACCAGAGGGUGCUGUACAUUGACAUAGACAUCCACCAUGGAGAUGGAGUGGAGGAGGCCUUCUACACCACAGACAGAGUCAUGACUGUGUCCUUCCAUAAAUAUGGGGAGUACUUCCCUGGAACUGGAGACCUCAGGGAUAUUGGUGCUGGAAAAGGCAAAUAUUAUGCUGUCAACUUCCCGCUGCGGGAUGGCAUUGAUGAUGAGUCAUAUGAGCAAAUCUUCAAGCCUGUAAUGGCCAAAGUGAUGGAGAUGUACCAGCCCAGCGCUGUGGUUCUUCAGUGCGGCGCAGACUCUCUCUCAGGAGAUCGACUCGGCUGUUUUAACCUCACCAUCCGCGGGCAUGCCAAAUGUGUGGAGUACAUGAAGUCCUUCAACCUCCCGCUGCUCAUGCUGGGUGGGGGAGGAUACACCAUCCGUAACGUGGCCCGCUGCUGGACCUAUGAGACAGCUGUGGCUCUGGACACAGACAUCCCUGAUGAGCUGCCAUACAACGACUACUUCGAGUACUUCGGUCCGGACUUCAAGCUGCACAUCAGUCCCUCCAACAUGACCAACCAGAACACUCACGAGUACAUGGACAAGAUCAAGCAGCGGCUGUUUGAGAACCUUCGAAUGCUUCCUCAUGCUCCUGGAGUUCAGAUGCAGGCCAUCCCAGAGGACGCCAUCCCAGAAGACACGGUGGACGAGGACACGGAGGAUCCUGACAAACGCUUGUCCAUUCGCGCCACAGAUAAGAGGAUAGCCUGUGAUGAGGAGUUCUCCGACUCCGAGGACGAGGGGGAGGGAGGCCGGAGGAACGCAGCCAAUCACAAGAAGGGAGCCAAGAGACCCAGAGUGGACGAGGACAAGAAGGAAGGCGAGGAGAAGAAAGCCGAUAUAAAAGAAGAAGAGAAGACGAAGGACAGCAGCACUGAGAAGACUGACUCAAAAAGCAGUGUGAAGACUGAGCAGACCAGCAGUGCCUGAAAUCUUCUUUAUCAACUUCAACUGGUGCUGUCGCCCUCAAGGGUCUUCACUGAAACGCCAUCAGAAGCAUUAUAUUUAUUACAACUCUCCAUUUUCUACUUGUAAAUCUCUUGUGAACUGUCUCUUUUGUGUAGUGCAUCAGUGGCUAUCUUGAAUCCACCACUUGAAUUUUGCCAGACUUGCAUUCCUUUGAUACUCUUUGAAAUCAUGUGAUUCCAAUGUGCUCGAUCUUCUGAAGGAAACAUCAGCGUGUUUUGUUUUGAGAUAAAAAUAAAUAAAUACUGAUAAAUACUGUGGGUGAAGCCGUAGAUGAACCUAUAAUGAUGUCAAGGUUAAAUUUUUUGAUAUUUUACAUUUAAUAAAAAAAAGCUUUUA